ACUGUAGACACUUUUUYCCCCUACGUCCUCCACUGCAUGCAUCCCAUUUCCACAUACCAUUGUCUCCACAGGAAGCCCAUCACGACAAGACACCCUUGUUGUCACCAACCUCGUUCCCAGGGCUACUCUGCGCCCAGAGAUAGCCCUGGCAUCGGCCGAUCAAAUAUGGAUUUUGAUUGGCUAAGAUUUUUCUCACUUUUCAUUGGUUGCUCAUUUGUUGUGACUUUUUGACACAGAAAAAUUGAAGAAACAAUUCAAAUGUAAAGUUGAUGGAAAUUUUUAAACUAAAAUGCCUGAGUUCAGCGUCUACAAGAUGCUAAAACUACAAAAAGAAAAAACAUGAAGUAGUCUAUCGCCAUGYACUAGGUCUAUUUACAGUAAGUAGAAGUGAAGACACGAAUAUUCGUGAGACGAAUAAGAAAGCGAAAAAGACUUUGCAUAGCAUUACAAAGCUUCUACAAAAUAUUUUUUGCAAUAUUUCAAACGAGCCACCAUUUAGAAAUUAUUGUAAUAAAAUUACAUGCCGUUCUUGGCGUACUUUUAUCGCCUUGUACAUCUGAUCGCCGUUCGUUCUCGGCGAUAGUGGGCACGAAAUGUUAUGUUCGGAUUUUUUUUUAUUACUCACCAAAGAUGAAUAUCUUAUUAGAUCAAGGCGGGAAAAUAAGUUGUGAAAAGAGAAUUUUGUCAUGCUUUUUAAAUUUGCACGAUAGAGUUCAAAGUACAAUUGACUCAGCAAGAUGCCUAGCCGCUAUUUUUGCAAAAUGUUUUUCAAACUUUAAAAAUAAAACUUUCAAAAAUCUUAUUAUUUGAUACCUUCUAGCUUAGAUAAAUUGGCGUAUUCAAACUUUCUCUAGACUUUCUAGAUAGAUUUGUAGAUAUAUCAGCGAGAUAAGCCAUGAAAAAGGACUARAAAGACAACAAUUGACAUGUUUGAACUUCUUCGACAAAUUUCUUAAAAUAAGUUACCUUAUAAAUUUGAACAAUUCGCCACAGUCUUCAGCAGCCUAAGMGAUUUUUCAAAUUCCUUUUUUCAGUCAUCUCGAUGAUUUGAGUCGAUAUCUCUUGAAUUUUUAUACAGCUACUUUGGUCUUCGACGAAUCCAUAAUAGGUUAACUUACUACUCAACAAUUCAAAAAGAGAGUUCACAAAUCCGCUGUUUUUUCCUCUUGAUCUUUAACAUGCCUUUAAGCUUCCUGGAACAUCAGCUCUCCUUGUUGUCAAUCACUUGAAGCGAAAAGGUAGUCAAGACUGUUUCUUUUAGGGCCACAGUUUGCUAAACUGGAUUGACAAACCCUCAAAAAUGACUAAAGUUUUUCCUUCUCUUUCUUUGUUGAACAAGUUUUUCUGGACGUGCAUUCAAACACGGAUCGGAAUCUAAUGAAAUUGGCGGGAAUCUUCACAGAUUGCAUUAAAAUGUGUGAAAAUUAGCUUUUCAGAAUGUUUUGAAAAGUUGAAAAAAGUUAAAUGUUGCUCCGAACAUAGUUAUCAUUUUCCAAAACCAAAUAGCGCCUGCAUUCAGCGGUAAUCCACACUAAACACCCACUGAGAGUGGGUGUCACGUGACCGGCCAAUGCCAGGGCUAUCUCUGUCCGCCAUUUUGAAAAAAGCGAGCAGAGUGGCCCUGGGAACGAGGUUGUUGUUGUCACCUGAUAUGUUACCCACAAACAUUACAAUACCCGGGUACUCCCCAUUCCUCACAUAGUUUUUAACCGACACAAGAUCAGUAUGGAAAGAACAACAACAAAAAACCUAUUAGAAAACCAGUAUUUAGCAUACACUUCGGGUAACAAGAGAUAUUCAAAAGAAAUUCCAUGAAUGAAGGCUUUUGUGAAGGAAAUACGACCGACCCCCAACGAAGACUUUGAUUAAAAAUCUACCUAACAAUACAUCAUGUGUUCAAACGUCUUAAAAUAAUAUAUAAGAAUCAUUGGAUGAUCUACUAAAUGCUCCUGGUCAAAAAGAAAAAACCCAAGCUGAACGUGUCCAAAAAAUUGAAAAGAAAGAAAACGGAAGAGUACAGCGAGUUUAUAUUUACUGUUGCCGAAAUACAACAAAAACCAAGACUAAUAGAGACACUUCAUACAAAAAUGAACAAAACCAGUGACAAUUGCUAUAGCUCGAAGCCGCUGCACGAUGUUCCAAGAUCAGUCGAUGUUUACCUCAACGUAGCUGCAGCUGUCAUCCUCAUCCCUUCCGUGGCUGCGAAUACAUUAGUUUUACGUGGAAUCUACCUAACUCGCUGCAAGCCUAUCAGUUACAUCCUAAUCACUAACAUUGCUUUGGCUGAGCUUAUURGUUCAUUAGUAGCCCCCUUUCGGCUUUACUACUUCACGAGCCCUUGCCACUGGAUGCUUGGUAUGGUCAUGUGCCGUCUGAUAUUUUCAGCCAAUAUUUGUUGUUCAAUCGUGGUAUCUUCGAGCCUUGCAACUUUCUCAAUUUACAGCUGUUUCAUAUUAAGAAAGCCCAAUACAGCCAAGUUAAGAAGAGCUGUGCUUGUCUCAGUAUUCAUAUCAUGGCUAUGGGGACUUGCACUUUCCCUUCCAUUCUCAGUUGUGGCAAAAAUUGCAGUCUACCCUCUGUGUAAAGGCGGAGAGCACAUAUCGUGUAAUUUUCGGCGCUCUGACAAGGCCAUCCGAAUAUAUGUCGGCAUUGCGACGUUUGUAUCCCGGCUGUUGGUCCCUUUUGCAGUGAUGAUCUUAUUAUAUGGGGUACUACUCGUGAAGAUCAAAAAUCUUAUCGGCAAAUCACAAGGUAAUAUCGUAAACCAAGAAUCAACAGGGCGUGCCCCUGCCAUCGAAAACCACGAAGAUCAAAACAUCCAACAAGAUCCUACUGAGGAGAGACAUGCUGAAGAGCAGCAGGAGCAACAAGAGGAGCAAAAAGAGGACGGGACGACCAACGAACCACUCCCCAUCAUAAAUGAGCUGGAGAAUAAGCUACGAAGAAUCAUCUACUGGAUUGUGAUUAUCUAUCUUAUUUGCUACGCGCCUGACCACUUUACAUACCUCUCGUGGCGGUUUGAUUGGUUCGUAGUCGGAAACAAGAUGGUCUUUCGAAAGCAUACGGUGGUCUUAAUGCUCUUUCCCAAGCUCUUGCAUCCAAUUUGCUUUGGAUGGGCAGCAGGGAUCAUACAGAGAAAUUUUAAUUCUGCUUCUCAGUGACUGAAUUAUGUUUACUUGGCAUUAAUUCCUAGAUGUGUCGCCAUUAGAAAGGAGUUUAUAACCGGGAUAUAUAUAAUUAUAUUGCUUAUGCUUCUCGCGGACCACAUCAGCUUAUAUCUCUAAAUAUUAGGAAGAUCAAAACAAUCAACUCAGAGUUUAAAGAAAAAUUUAAUAGAUUAAAUGCGAUUACAUGUUUUUUCAGACCUAUUAAUUUGUGCCAACCAGAACAAGGAGGCAUUAAGGCUUUGUCUGUUGCCACUAUCAUUCGACCAAAAACUAUUUAUCUAUUGCUCAGUUGAUUAUAAUUGUAAAAGUCUACUGGAAUCACUAAGAACUGUUUCACUAUAAAACUAUUUGUUCUCAACUGAAUUAAGAGUGUGUCCACGAGAAAACCAGGCAAAACCAGGCAGUGGGUGCUACAUGGGGGUCAGCCGAUUCUCCUGAAACUUGGCACACUUAUUGCAUUUAGUAAGUUAUUUGACAUUCUAUAUUUUUUUUGAGAUCGGUCAAA